CAGCACAUUGAGGAACCCACAGCUCUAAUCAAUGGCGACCAAGCUAAGGUUGGAGGGUAAGGUGGCCAUUGUAACCGGAGGAGCCAGUGGGAUCGGAAAAGCGUCAGUGCAGUUAUUCGCGGAAAACGGAGCAUCAGUGGUCAUAGCAGACAUCCAAGACGAACUGGGUCACCAACUCGCAGCUUCGUUGGCCCCACAUCAAGUGAGCUACCAUCACUGUGAUGUGAGCGACGAGAAACAGGUGGAGCAAACUAUAGCUUUCGCCGUCGACAAAUACGGCCGCCUCGACGUCAUGUUUAGCAACGCCGGCGUCGUAGGCUCCAUGGAAGACAUACUGAACCUAGACCUCAAGGCAUUUGACAAAACCAUGGCCAUCAACGUCCGCGGCGUGGCUGCCACCAUCAAGCACGCGGCUCGAGCCAUGGUGGCUCAUAACAUCCGUGGCUCCAUCAUCUGCACGGCCAGCGUGGCUGGUUGUGUGGCCGGAUGCGCUCCCCAUGAUUACACCGCAUCGAAGCAUGCUCUUGUGGGCCUCGUCCGCUCUGCUUGCUGCGAGCUCGGAGCUCAUGGGAUCAGAGUGAACUGCGUGGCGCCAUAUGCUAUCGCCACCCCUCUCGUAUGUGGAGCGCUUGAAAAGGGGGUAGACGAAACUGAAGCCCUUGCCGAUUCUCUCGCUAACAUGAAGGGUAUUUCAUUGAAGGCUUCCCAUGUUGCUGAAGCUGCCCUCUUUCUUGCUUCUGAUGAAUCUGUGUAUAUCAGUGGACAUAAUCUGGUCAUCGACGGAGGCUUCACUGUCAUUAGUCGCUUCCCUUAA